ACACAAAUAAUCCAAAGAUGAAGACCUUGAUGGUUGUGCUGGGUUUAUCCCUCUUCACCUUGUGUGUGGCUGAGGAUCAUCUGGAUCAACAGGCAGAAGACACCCACAGCAUCCAGAGUCCCAGCAUCGACUCUGCUUGUCACUGCGAGAGCCAGAAUUUGAAUGACUAUAUUCUUAGUGCCUUGAAAGAACUGGAGGCCAAGCAGAGAUUCACUGAGAUAGAGAUAGAGGAUCUGAGGAGCGAGCUCAAAGGUAACCAGGUGGCAUUUGGAGCAGCCCUGGGCAAUGUUGGAAAUAUUGGACCUUACAACCAUGAGAUCACACUGACCUACAAGACCGUCCUCUCAAACACAGGCUCAUACAAUCCUAAUACAGGUAUUUUCAGUGCUCCAGUCAAAGGAAUGUAUUACUUCAGCUUCUCUGGUCAUAAUUUAUCAAGUAAGCCAAUGGGGCUGCGACUCAUGAAGAAUGGAGUGCAGAUCGUUACCGUGUUCAAUCAUCCAUCUGGAAAUCGUUAUGAGACGGCAACUAACGGCAUGACUAUACCUCUUAAUGUGGGAGACCACGUGUACAUGACGCUCCGUGUGAAUACGUGGAUUUUGGAUAAUCUUAAUUACCACAGCACCUUCAAUGGACAUCUUUUAUUCUCUUACUGAGAAAAA